AUGGGGCCGUUUGGGGAAGUUUCCUUGCCACUCCCCGGGUCGGUUCACAGCUUCAGGGUGGGAACGGAGCUGCGGGGAGUGCGUGCUAAUUCCCGUGUGGAGAUGGCUGAGGUAGGGGAUGGCGAGGGUGCCGCGGCGGAGGAGGAGGAGGAGGAGGAGGAGGAGGAGGAGGAGGAGGGGGAAGAGGAGGAGGGGGAGGAGGAGGCGGAGGAGGAGGAGGAGGAGGAGGAGGAGGAGGAGGAGGAGGAGGAGGAGGAGGAGUGUCAACGGGAGUAG